CUUGACUUACACAUGUGUGAUGUCUCAACGGGUUACCUAUUUCGAGCUACUUUGCACCUCACCAUAGAACGGCACGUGAAGCAGCCAGCACAUAUUUCAACCUAACCAUUCUGUGGUUUAACUCCAGCAUCUUUGUGAAAACUUUUAUCACCAGGUCGCUGGAACCGUCACCCUCGAGGGGCAAGGGAAACAGUUGAAAGCAAACAUGACACAAGUGAGCCCUCCCGAGGGCAUACAACCUUUACACAAGCAACUCGGAUCCGACUUGCACAAAGGCGGGAUGUGCUCUGUGACAGUUCUUAGGUCCUAGUCCAUCUAGGUCCAGCCCCGCCCAUGUGCGAUCGGGAUCUGUUUACUGGGGUUGACCCCACGGUCCAAUGGCGUGCCGUUGUCGCCCCAGUGCCGGUAAACCGAGCCAGCGUCCGUGGUCCAGCUGGUUGGUUUUUCGGGUAUGACGCCAUGAACACCUCUGACCCCUCGGCACGAAAAGGGUCGAUAGUGAGGGGAGGAGGUUUGGUCGCAUUAAUAUCGCACGAGCCGUGAAUUACGUGUGGGAGAGCGAGCCGUCCCCACGUCAACUUGUCGAACCUGCAGAUCGAGGAGCUGCCCGCACUAGCCUCUCUCAACACGAACAGAGAAGUGGCCGUGGCGGCAUGCAAUCCUCUGGAGAAGCAGGUUCAUGACAGACAAGCACACGCCUGAUCUACAAGCAUUCGGCCGGGCAACAAAUCAGCCAGCGAGCGGUCAGCCACGACAAGUACUGUACCUGCACCACAGGACGGUAAACAGUCAACGAGGGCAACAGGUCCGUUCCUCCCUCUGCCCUGAUCCGCUCGGUGCGCGGUCGAAUGCCCCGCACUCUGUGCCAUCAGAACCGGCUGCCUAUCGCCAGCUUUUCCCGUCCAUCACCGCCCUUCCGGCAUCGACGAGAUGCAGGGCCCUACACUACAGACUGGGCUCGCAAGAGCUUGUGCUGCAGACAGCCACCCUAGACACGAUUUCUGACAACAAAAGCUGAAGGGCACAUAAACAGCGUCAAUAGCUCCAAGACAGAAUGUGUUGUUUCCCAGAUUAGACGCAAGCUUCGCCCGAAUCGGUCAACUGUCGGCCCGGUCGACAGCGAGGUCUGGUCAUGGCCGGAAACACGUCAAGGCAGGGCCAAGAAGACCAAGAAGAGCGCCAAGUCUCGACGCAGGGGCUUGGCGAGCUACCGUCAUCGCCCCGAGGGGAAACGAUGUCAUUGGCAGGGGUCGAGAUCGUCCCAAGAAAUCCACAGACAACAGACGGUCAGGGGUCAGCCGCAACCCCUGCGAUCACUUGGUGGAGUCCCGUUACCCCCUCCAACGUCAACCGCCUUGACGGCCACUUCCAGACUUACACCACCCGCUACCACGCUAAGCCGAGCACAGCAGAGCACAGCACCCUCGCUUCUGUUUCUCACGCAAAGAGUUGGGCCUCGUUGGUGACCCAGACCCUAAAAGGACGAUAACAUUAUGAAUAAGCACAGAUGGCAAAGCCGUGGGAAUCCCAAUGGCUGUAAGCUGCUGUGCCGCUACAGCUCUGUCUUCUGAAACAAGUACAAGUGCAGCUUUCUUCUUUUCUCCCUAUGCUUGCCUGAGGGCUCUACGGGCACCCAUUGCGGCCGCCUCUAUCCGGUGGUUGCUCGAGUCAGUCGAAAUCGGUUUUUUUUUUCUCGCUACUACUUACUUGUAUGCUCUUCCUAGGUGGUGCGCGGGGGGGGUUGGCACAGACACAAGCACUGCACAUGCAGCGCAAGGACCUACAUACAUGCGACUCUGCUAUGUACUUGGGUACAAUGUGUCAAGAAUCUUGCUGCUAGCCUCCUCCUGGACUGAGCGGUCUCUUCCUGCAUGACCCAGCAAGUGGCCUUACUGGCCAACCAGAGCUGUGGUGGGUGGUGCUCGCUCAGGUACUUCGACUUCAGUAUUCCAACUAGGGCGGAAGUGCGGGCAUCUGCCCAACCUCACAGUUCGCGGGAGGAGAGGCUCCAUCCAUUUGUCCAGUUUUGCGACCUUCCAAGUCUCCACUCUCCAUCCUCCAUGGCCGGCACCACGCAGUCCAGUGGGCUUGUCUCAAGCGUCUUUGUUGGACAGCAGCAGGAUGUCAUGGCAUUUCCGCCGUCCCUCGCUCCCAUGCUACCACCUCAACCGGGGUGUUGCCCUCGUUGUGUAUAAACAUCCUGCCUCCCGGUUUCCCUCGUGCUUCCUUCUCUACCUCCAUCACCAGCCUCCUUGCAGUCACUCGUGAAACCAACCGGCUAAUUCUUAGGUUCUUUCUCCCUGCCAUUAAGUAACUCGUUCGCUAAGGUUACUUAUAAGACCCUCGUUGCUUCCGUCUUCUACGACCUUCGCUACAAGCCAGUCAGUCACUGUUGAUAUCCCCACUCAGUCAACAUGAGAGCAGCUCUUUCCCUCCUCGCCCUCGCGGCCACCACCCUUGGCGCAAACAUCCCCCGGGGUAAGAAGUGGGAGACCGUGGUCACCGAGGUUAUCGUGACCUACACUACCGUCUGCCCCGUCACCGAGACCUACACCAAGCCUGGUCACACAUACACCACCACCUACACCACCACCAGCACCGUCAAGACCGUCAAGCCCACAACAAUUGUGGUUACCGAGACUGGCCCUGCCGUGACCAAGACUGCCGAUGAGGUCGUCUACACCACCCUCACUUCCCUCUGCCCUGUCACUGAGACCACUGUCGUCGAUGGCUCUACUGUCGAGGUGACCUGGACCUCCACUUCCACCAUCAUCAAGGUUGCUCCCACCGAGGUUGUUGUUACCCAGACUGCUCCUCCAGUGACCAAGACCAACGCUGCUGUCGUUGUUACCACUCUCACUGAGCUCUGCCCUGUCACCGAGACCACUGUUGUCGAUGGCUCCACCAUCGAGAUCACCUGGACCUCGACUUCGACCAUUGUCACCAAGGUUGCCCAGACCGAGACUGUCUACACCACGUCCCUGGUCACGGAGUAUGAGACUACUGAUGUCUACGAGACUGUCACCUGCCCCGAGACCACCUACACCACUGUCAUCGAGGGCGAGACUGUCAAGGUCACCAAGACCAACACUAUCACCAAGGCUGUCACCGAUGUUCACUACGUGACUGAGAUCAUCCCGGUCACCAUCACGGAGCAGGUCGAUUACAUUGCCACGGUUCCCGUCACUGACCGCAAGACUGUCACCGGGUACUCCACCGUUGUCGUCUCGGCCAGCAACAUCAUCUACACCUCGGAGCCCCUGCCUCCUACCACCAUCAUCAUCCCCACCUCGGUCACCGCUGCCCCCAUCCCUACCACCACUCCCAACAACGGCACCGCCCCCAUUCAGACUGCCGGUGCCAACGCCAACAACAAGGCCCCUGCCGCAGCCUUCAUUGCUGGUCUCUUUGGUGCUCUUGCCAUGCUCUGA